AUGAAAUUAGAUUGUAAGAUUAAAAUUCAAAAUCGACAAAGAACAAAUGGAUUAUCAACACUAAAAAGUGCUAAAGGUGUUAUUGGCCUUGCAAAAUCAAAUAAUGAUGAAUGGGUUCUUAUUGUUCGACUUUUCAAAGAUACGAAUGCUACACAAUACAAGCUUCGUGAAAAUGUUCAAUCUCUUCUUCAUAAAUGUAUUAAUAAUGGUAUGGCUACUAUUCAAAUCAAAGUACCAUCUCAUGAUAUACAAUUAUCUGAAGCUAAUGUUGAAUCACUAAAAACUUUACUUUCAAGUAUUCGUUUAGCAUCAACCGGUAAUAAUCUUCCAUCAUCAAUAAAAUCAACAUCUAUAAAUAUUGUUGAAAAACUCCAACGACCAAUACUUCAACUUAUAAUUAAUCAAGCUAUAGAUUAUCCAACUUUAAAAGGUUUUCCAUCAACAUUAGAAAAACUUAUUAUUAAUUCUUCACAUCUUCGUACACCUGUUGAUCGUCGAAUAUUUAUACUUAAAAAUUUACAUACACUUGAUUUAUCUGAUAAUAAUAUAACAGAAUUACCAUCAAAUAUGGAAAUGAAUCAUUUACAUACAUUAAUUAUUCGUUCAAAUCGAUUAAAAUCUUUUCCAAAUACAUUCAAAUGUCCUAUACUUAAAAAUCUUGAUUUAAGUCAAAAUCAAUUAGAAAAAAUUGAUUUAACUAUAUUAAAUUUAAAUACACUUGAACGUUUAAAUUUAUCAUCAAAUAAAAUAAAAUUUAUUCCAAGACAAAUUUUACGUUUAUUAUCACAAUUACAAGUAUUCAAUAUAGCAUCAAAUUUAAUUCGAUUUAUACCAAAUUGUUUAGCUUCUAGUGGAACACGUUUACAUACAUUUCAUUAUGCUGAAAAUCCAUUAAUUACAGAAAAAUCUAUAACAUGUAGACGUUUUAACAUUACACUUGUUGAAUUAGGUCUUCGAGCUGUUAUUAAAUAUAGAAUUCCUUAUGAUUUCAAAACACUUCCUCGAACAUUAUGUUUCUUACUAGAUGAAUAUGAAAUAUGUGCUCAUUGUGCUCUACCGUGUUUAACUAAUUUUGGUGAAAUAAUUGUACCAAAACAAUUAUCAGCAAUUGGAGUAACAGUACAUGUUACAGCAGCUAAUCAAUCAUUUUCUAUACCAGUACAAGAACGAUAUUGUUCAAUAAAAUGUUUCAAUUAUGGACUUAAACGAGCUGGAAUGAUUCAAAUGUAA